GCUUUCGUCAAUCCCACCACUGGAACAGAAUACAGAAAAGAGGCACCGGAUUAUUCGGGACUCCCUUCCGACCCCUGUGACAACUGCAUCCGAAGAUGGCCAGAAGAAACAGAUCCGCGGCCUCAGCCGUGCUGGUCCUCCUGCUCUGCGCUGCGGCGGUCUCGGCGGCCGCUGCCGCUGCCGUGGCGGGCAAGGGCAAGGGCAGGGUCGGAUCGGCUCGCGCGGGGCCGCCGCCUUGCCAGGAUCUUGCGACGCAGGGCGAUUGCGCGGCGAGAGCUGGGUGCCGGUGGUGCCGCAGCGAGGCGCUCGACGAUAUGUGCUUCGGGGCCACCGAGGCGUGGCGCCUCCCACGCCAGGUCUUCUCCUGCGAUCCGCCCUCCGGCGCCGGCGCCGGCGCCGCGCACGCCCGCUAGAAGUGAUGCGGUGAUGCCGCCGCUGCGCCCGCCUUGUUCUUCGGGAUUGUUCCCCAUCUUCUGACCUUAAUUUGCUUUCGCCAGGCCUCCGUUGUUUCUCCUCUUGUCUUUGCCGGAUCUGAGACUUUAUUAGGAUAGCGUGGCCCGUUUUGCUAUGUGAUUCUUUCGUGGGAUUGUGUACUGUAAAAUCUGGUCAAAAUCCAAUCGGAGCGCGGCAAAUAUUGUCGUUCUCUUUUUUUAAUCUGAUAAAUCAUUGUCGUUCUUGAAGUGCAA